AUGGCAGACCGAUACGUCGAGUUACCUCGAGCGCAGCUCACCCCUGACUAUCUGCAUGCAAACUCAACCACUCAUGAAUUCCUCUUUGGUGCACUAGCAGAAUUGGUGGAUAAUGCAAGGGAUGCCAGAGCAACGCACCUGAGCAUUUACACAGAAGAGAACGAACAAGGGACAGGGGGCAUUAUGUUGUGUUUUCUGGACGACGGAGUCGGCAUGGACCCUGAUGAAGCAGCUGAUGUUAUUCAUUUGGGGAAAUCUUCGAAGAGGACAUCAGAUCAUCCAUUCAGUGGACAGUAUGGAAAUGGAUUGAAGUCAGGGGCAAUGAGAAUAGGUAUGGACUUAAUUCUGUUCACCAAGAAAACCAAUACCAUGACCUGCAUCCUGUUAUCUCGAACGUUUUAUGAGAAAGAAGGUAUUGAUGAGGUUAUUGUACCAGUGCCAUCAUGGUUUGUUUCAACUCAGGAAUCCAUAAAAACUGAUGACCAGACGUUUUCCCUUGAAAUGGCACUAAUUUAUAAAUAUUCCCCAUUCAGCACCGAGUUCGAUGUCAUGCAACAGUUUCAUAAAAUUACAGGAUCAAGCGGCACUCUGGUAAUUAUCUACAACGUAAAGCUGAAUGAUGAUGGAGAACCAGAACUGGAUGUUGUAUCAGACCCGUCCGAUCUGUUGCUGACAGGAAUGGUGAGAAAUGGAAUCCAGCCCGAACACUAUUCGUUCAGAGCCUAUGCUGCAAUAUUGUACAUUGACCCACACAUGAAGAUUUAUAUCCAGGGGAAGAAGGUCCGCGCUAAACCUCUCAUCUUCUCAUUGUACAGACCCAGAAAACCAGAGAUCCUGAUGUUUGACGAAGACCUCGCAGAACGAUGGAGCGUAUUUGAAGAAGAUUUCUCAAUCUACAUUGAGGCAGCUCACCUGACUGCUGCUCCAGGUGUUCGAGCUUCAAUUCUUCUUAAUCUAGCAGGCACAGAAGCUGCCCGACAUGCCAGAAGAUUUCAUUAUGAACCGGCGAGGUACUUCCAGUUGUCCGUCCAGCACAGGAUUCCCCAUGCUAUGCGAGACCGUGUUCAAAGUGAACUCAACAGGAUGGUGUCUCUAGGUGUAAUUGCUCCCGUCGCUGACUCCUCGGAUUGGGUCUCCACCAUGGUUGUGAAUAAGCUUCAACUUGCCAAAGCUGUUACUAAAUUAUCAGUCUCACAGAAGGAUGUAGAGAGAAAGAAGAAACUGUAUCAAGAAAAACUGAGAGCACUGAAAAAGCCAAAUAAUCUGACUUUUAUUUUCGGAGUGAACAUCGAGAAUAGGAACUGUGAUGGGAUGUUCAUUUACAACAACUGUCGCCUCAUCAAAAUGUACAAAAGAAUUGGAGUCCAGCUGGACCGUGGUAUGGCUGCAUGUGGUGGUGUCAUGGGUGUGGUCAACGUGCCCAGUGCAAUGAUGGAGCCAACUCAUAACAAGCAAGACUUUGUAGAUGCCAGAGAAUACCACAGCUUACUGAGAGUUAUGGGGCAGUGUUUGCGGCAGUACUGGAAGGGCCUAGACAUUGCUCGGGCUGGGAUUGCAAAGUUCUGGAGUGAGUUUGGAUACGUGUCGACCAACUGGAGCUGGCCACCAUCUCCUGCAGUCCAGUAUAGGAGGAGGCGGGCUGUGGAGAUCCCACUCACUGUGCAGUGCGACCUGUGCCUACGUUGGAGAGUGUUACCAUCUAACCUGGAUGUGGAUGACAGAGAACUGCCUGACCCUUGGAUCUGCUCCAUGAACCAAAAUCCACAACAAAAUCGAUGUGAUAUAGCAGAACAACUGCCCCAAAUUCCAUCAGGAGCAAUAAAAGCAAGAUCACCAUUAUCCAAUGAAAAGCAGGAACGAUUGGAGAAAUCAAUCCAGAGGCAUUGGGUCAAAGUGGCUUCCUUGCAAUCUCAGGCAAGUACAGUGUAUCUGCUCAAAUACUCCCUGCUUUGA